UUAUACACACAUUUUGUUUACUCCAGGUGCAAGCAAAAUAAAACAAAUGUCGCUGGUUGCAGAUUAUAGCGAUUCCUCCGAAUCUGAUGAGGAGAGCAGCAGCCAAUCCUCCUCCGAAGACGAGGAGCCUAAAGCUGCGCCGCCAGCUGAGAAACCUCCGCCCAAAUUGCCCAGUGCUAGCCAGGCUCUGGCCCAAGGCGCCGGCAAGGGCGAUGUGUUCAGCAAUCCCUUCCUGGAGGCGGAGCUACACAAGACCGCCUCGCUGGAGCGGCACGUGAAGAUGGUGGACAACGAUUCGCAUCUGCAGUUGAAGAACGGUCGCAAGCUUUGCUGGAACUUCAGGAGGGGACGCUGUCGCUUCGGCACCAGUUGCCAGUACGCCCAUGACUCCGAUUUGUCCGUGGAUGAGGCAGCGGAGAAGAGUGCAGUACCGGAUCCACCAGUGCCAGUGGUCAUGGAGGCAGCACGGUUGCAACCCAACAAGCGCAAGCAUCCUGGACUGGGUGAUGCCCUGGAGCCGGGCAAACGGGUAAUGAAGUCAUACAAGCAGCACAAUCCGCAGAAUCCAUUUGCCCGACGCUAAGCCACGCCAGCCUCCGUGAUGCGCAGCAGGCAGUGGUCACCAUCGGGGCCGUAUGUGUUGGAGAUGACAUGCAUCGAACGCAGGCCGUCGUCCUGGCGGGUAAAGUCCUCAUCCACUGGCAGCUCCAACGACAGUCUUAGCGUACACACCGAACUCCAGUAGGCACCUAGCAUGGGUUCCAAUUGCUGCGGCGUCGCCGCCUCCUCAUUGUUGCCAUCGUCCUCGCCGUCAUCGUAACCAUUAUCUGUUAAAACAACUUAGCUAAUAGUUUCAAUUCCGUAAUAUAGAACUGUAUAAAGUUUA